CAACCUAAUUACGACGGGUCAAAAAUCCCGUCGCAAAAGCCUUUUACGACGGGGCUAACAACCAAACAAUGACGGGAAUAACCGUCGCAAAUGUCUUUUACGACGGAAUUUUCUAUUAACGACGGCCCCCUUUUAUGACGGGUUCACGACAGGAAAUCCCGUCGUUAAUAGUAAAAUUUCUUGUAUGUAUCUUUGUCAAAAGUGUGAAGACAAGAAAAUUCACACUCAAAAGUGUGAAGACAAGAAGGUUCACACUAUUAUUAUGAUUGGAAAAUUCAAGGAUGCCAACACUUUCACAGGCUAUGCAUCUUGGAUCCAAAUAUAUGUCAUCAUUAUUUAAGAGUAGUUCCAUUUGAUAAUUAACUUCAAUAUAAUUCUCCACAUAUAAUUUCCAUCAUAUAUAAUUAUUAGUAUUUAAUUAUAAUCAUAAUAUUAAGACUAUGGUGCAAACUAGAUCACCCUCCACCUCACCUGAUUGGCUCAUUAAUCCUAAUCCACCACCAAACUUCACAUCAUUAUCCCUUAAACAACGCCUCCAAACUAUAGUAGAGAGUAAGCCAGGGUUGUUGUAUGCAAUAUCUUGGCAAUUGACAUCUAAUGCUAAGAACACCAUGACGAUGGCGGCGAGCCGCCCUGUGUUGGUGUGUUCAGAUGGUUAUUUGAAAAGCUCCGUUAGGAGCAAUGUAGUUUCGAAACACAAUGAGGGCAUGGAAGAGCUUGGGGAGAGAGUUAUGUCUGAAUGGUUUUACGCCGUGUCGUUAAGCAAAGUCCUAGAGAUUGAGGAAAAGGAUAUGUUAAUAGGGAAAGCCAUGAGUUCAGGCACCUAUUUGUGGCUAAUUGGCUACUCUUCAGGGUGUGAACGGGCGAAGGAAGCUUUAUUGCACAAUGUUCGUACUCUGGUGUUCAUACCUGUUGUUGCCUCAGGUGAAGUUAUUGAAGUUGGAUCCUUGGAUGAGAUCAACGAAGAUAGGAGCUUAAUUGAGCUCACCCGCUUAAUAUUUAAUGGUAAUGGUAAUGAUAAUUGUAAUAGUAAUAGUAAUAGUAAUAGUAAUAUUUCCUGCAGCAAAAGUGGCAUCAGAGCUUCUGCAGGUGCGCCUGCAGGUGCAGGCGCACCUGCAGGCACAAUGCAGCGUAGCAACCAUGUAGAGGCAGAGAGGCAGAGGAGAGACAAGCUCAACCAGCGUUUUUACGCGCUACGCGCAGUAGUUCCCUACGUCUCAAAGAUGGACAAAGCGUCACUUCUUUCUGAUGCAGUCACAUACAUCAACGAGCUUAAAACUUCAGUACAAGAAUUGGAAGAACAAAUCAGAGGACUUCAAUCAGCCAAAAAUAUUACUGCAGUUAGUACUACUCUUAGUAGUACUAAUAAUACUACGCCACGUAUGCAUGGUCAGCAUCAUCUUCCUCAUGUGAAAACUAGUGUUUGGGCGGUGGAAGUUGAGGUAGACGUGAAACCGAUAGGUAAGCAAGUGGUAAUCCGGGUUCAAACAUCGGGUUUGGAUCACCCGGAAGCAAGAUUAAUGAAUGUGCUGAAAGAAUUGCGUCUGGAAAUUUGCUACGCAACAAUAUCAAAUGUCAAUGAGGUUGUGUUUCAGAAUGUUAUUGCUACGUUGCCAUCUUAUCCUGAUGAGAUAAUUAGUACUCAAGAAGGCUUGACUAAUGCUAUUCGUGAGAGGCUGCAUUAUUGAUCGAUGACCUUAAUUUAUUGCUGCUUAAUUAAUUAGUUAUGUAAAGUUGGUGUUUUUUUUUGUUUUUUUUUUGGCGUGAAAUGGUCAUAAGAGCAAUGCAAACUGUGUUACAAUUGGGGAUAAAGGAUAUGAGCCGGUAAACUAUCAUACACAGAUUCUCAAUAUUAACCACAAGAUUUCAAGUCUUACUAGUGAAAUAUCAUGAUACUACUUCUUUUUUUUUCUCUUUAGUGGUAUGCUCUUGAUUGUGAUAA